AUAUGCCGGUUUUAAAAGUAUUAAAGUAUAAAUAGAAAGAGAUAAAUGAAUAGCAGUCUAAUUUACCAGAUAAAGAUGAACGAUACGCAAAAUAUUUGAAUGAAAGGAUUUGAAAGGGAAUUAAAUGUAUCUGGGGUAACAGAACUACUGUUUUGUCAAUAAAAGACAUUGAAUAAAUAAUAAAAUGUCUGUAAUCACAGAUAUUACUCCUAAAAUUGAUGAAAAACCUCGAAAAUAUGGAAACGCGGUACUGGACGAGCUAUGCAGAGGCCCCAGAAUGACCAAAGAGUUCAUAAAACAACAUUGCAAACAGCACAAAUUAUACCAAACGCCUUACUUGAAUGACGUUUUAUAUCUUCAUUUCAAAGGAUUUUCUUAUAUAGAAAAUCUAGAAGAAUAUACAGGACUGAAAUGUCUAUGGUUGGAAAAUAACGGCUUGAAAGAAAUAAGCGGUUUGAACAAUCAAAAAGAACUCAGAAGUCUGUUUCUGCAUUAUAACCUCAUCAAGAAAAUCGAAAAUUUGGAAUAUUGUCCCAUUUUGGAUACGCUCAACAUAUCUUACAAUCAAGUUCAGAAAAUUGAAAAUUUGAGUUGUAUAAAACCUUUACACACUCUGAACAUGGCUCACAAUUUCGUGGAAAAACUGGAGGACUUCGAACAUUUGACCGAAUUAUUGGAGCUGUCCGUGUUAGAUUUGUCCAACAAUCAUAUAGACGAUGUCUUGAUCGUUGAAGUCCUGGCUAGGAUGCCGGGUUUGAGGGUCCUCAACCUAAUGGGCAAUCCAGUGAUCAGAAAAGUACCGGCUUAUCGAAAAACUUUGAUCCUUGCAUGCAAAAACUUGCAAUAUUUGGACGACCGUCCCGUGUUCCCAAGAGAUAGAGCGUGCGCAGAAGCGUGGGAAAGAGGCGGAGUUACCGAGGAAGCAGCUGAACGACAACGUUGGAUCAAUGCCGAGCAACAACGUAUCAUGGACAGUGUCAACGCUCUUAUCAGUCUUCGAGACCGCCACAUAGAAGAAAGAAGACGUCAGCAGCAACAAUGCGACAGCGGGCAUGGUACAUCGGUCGGAGAUUCUGAGAGCGAGGCUGAAAGCUUGCACGAGAUGAUUCAGAUCAAUAGAAGACAUAGAAGGGAAGCUGAAGCUCCGUCGGAAGAACACCGAGAAGAAGAAAAUACGCAAGAAGAACGUCAAGAAGUUGAGGAAAAUGUCGACGAAUUGGAACCGAGUACUAGCGAGGCAAAUAUUCAAGAAGCCAGACCGAGAUCUAGAAGUAGAAGCGACGAAUCUUCCGAAGAAAGCGAAGACGAUGAUUCUGCUUCUACGUCUUCCGAUGAAGAAGAUAAUUUCAUGAAAGACAGGCAAUUAGCCAACCCGAGAGAGUACGAAAACUACAGAGAGAGGAUCUUCGAUUUCAGUACUAAAACGUUUAAGAGCCGAUAUUUGGUGGAAGAAUACGACGGCCCUCUAAUCAAACCAAGCACAAGCGGCAUCGAACCAACAGAACCUGAAACUACAAACAAAUCAACUGAAGAAGAAUCCGCAUUGACCGAAACAACUAAUUCUGAUGAACAAACUUCGCUGCAAACGGAAGGCGACAAACAAGAUACUGGAUUCAAAAAAAUGGUCGGCGCUAUGGCUAAAAUGGUUGGUAUAGAUUACGAAGAAUCGAAACCAACUGAAGAUAUACCUUCAUCUGCGGAUAUUAAAGACGAUUUCGUUAUGAUAGAAAAUGCAGAAGAAAUAAAUAAUGAAGAAACCGACAAUACAUACACAAACAUUGGAGAAAAAGCCACACAACACUCUAUCAAACUAGUAACGCACAAUUUAUCAUCACAAACCGCGAUCACUUUCGACGAACUCAUAAACCAUCACGAAGAAUCCAAGAAGAAAGAAAAAAUCAAAAAAGAUGAAGAAGAACAAGAAGAAAUUACUUCAAUUUCAACGAGUAACAGAGUCGGUCCCAAUAUGCAUUUGGCGACAAUGUUGCUUGAAGAAAUCCGUCAAGAAGCCGGCGAUUCAGAUGAUGACACCGAUGAAGAAGAAACAGAUGAAAUAGACGAAGAAAGAGAACGAUCUAUUCAAAAGGUUGUCGAAGAAUAUAAGGCCAAGCAAUCAUUGAAAUUAACUGAAGACAUUGAAAGUAGUAAAGAUGUUAAAGAAUAUCAAAAGGAUUAUGAAGAAAAUGAAGACGAAAAACCUUCGAACUUAAGUGAAAAUCUUAAUUUAGAACAACCGAAAGAUUAUGAAGAAAAUAAAGACGAACGACCUUUGAAAUUAAAUGAAGAUCUCAAUUUAGAAGAACUAAAAGAUUAUGUAGAAAAUGAAGCUAAACAAUCUUUUAAUCUAACUGAUUAUCUUAAUCUAGAAAAACCAAAGCAUACUGAAGAACACAAAGACAAACAAGCUCUGAACGUAAUUGAAGAUAAUAAUCAUGAAGAAGACACUGAAAUGAAUGAAGGUGUUAAAGAAGAACGAGAAGAUUAUGAAACAAGUGACGAAGAAAUUGCUGCCAAUGAUGUUAAAAUUCAUCAAAUUAGUGUUGGAAACGUUGAAGAAGGAUCCAAAGAAAAAUCUGACUACGAUAUAAGAGAAGAACAGUUGCAAUUAGUGAGGAACUUAAUGGAAAAGAGUAAAAAUCGGUUAAGUCCACCAACAGAAAAUACAGAAAUUGUAAAUAACAAAGAACAAAUAUCCGAGGAAUCAGAACAUCUUCAAUAUGUGUCUCUAGUCAAUUCCAAGGCAACUGAAGAUAUAGAAAAACUUGAUAAAACUAAUAUUAACGAAAUAAAUGAAGCCAAAAAUGAAAAUACUCUCUUGGAAAAUACGGAAAAUGUAGUAAAACAAGAUCAUAUACCAGAUAAAAAUUAUGACGUCGUAAAAGAACGAAAUAAUGAAAAUAUUGUCUUUAGAGAUGAAGAUAAAGGUGACAAAUUAAUUGAAAAUAGAAAACAAUUUGUAAAUGAAAUUGGAGAGGCUAAAGAUGCAACUGAAGAUCUUGCAGUAACUGAAGACGCAAAACAAGUGGUAGAGUCAGAAAAAGAGGCUAAAAUGGAACCACAUACAGAUUAUAUAGUAAUUGAAGACACAAAACAAGUUGUAGAGUCGAAUGGAGAGCUUAAAAUGACUCAUAAAGAUCAUGCAGUAAUUGAAGACGCAAAAAUAGUUGUAGAAUCAGUUGAAGAGGCUAAAAUAACAGUGACUGAAGAAACAAAAGAAGUUAUAGAAUCAGAUGGAGAGGAUAAAAUGGUUCAUAAAGAUCGAGCAUUAAUAAUUGAAGACGCAAAACAAGUUAAAGAGUCAGAUAUAGCACAUACAGGUCCCGCAGUAACUGAAGAUAUCGAAAAUAUAGAUCAAACAGCUGAGCCGCCUGAAACUAAGGAAAGUGAUUACGAUCAAAUCGUAGUCGACGACGAAGAUGGCGACUUGCACUACCAAGACGCUUUAGACACUUUGGACGAUGACGGUUCAUCGAAGGCUGCCUUGUCAAGUGACAACGACCGUGCCACGUUGACAGAUGAUAGGAAAUUUGAACAAACCGCUGGCAAUAAUAUUAUGACGAAGUCUAAAUUAAAAACGAGCGAUGGAGAUGUUUUGGAUCCGAUACCAUCGACCAGUAAGGUCAGCAACUUGAGCAGAGCUGAAAUCCAGGAGAUUUUGAGGACCGAAAUCGCCAAGCUGACGAAAGACGCUUCUAUUCAAGAUAUUAUAGGAGAGAAUGUGAAAGUUAAGAAGUCUAAAGCUGCCUUUGAAGAUAGCGACUCCGAAAGUGAUGACUCGUACGAAAGAUUGGAGAACAUAUUUUACGAAGAACUGGACAAGAGCGAAAUCACCAAGGCUAAGCCUCUUUUGGAACAAGGCGACGUCGAUAACAUCAUACACGACGUCGUCUCCAAGGAGGAAUUGAAGAAGAUUUUGAUGUCGAAGCCGCAAGAAGACACGGAUGAGGAUAGAAGUUAUAGAGAGAUUUUAGAAUGGGAUAUGAAAGCACCGAUAAGUAAUUCGUCGAUAUUGUCGGAGAUAGUAACAGAUCAAAGAGUGGAAGAACGCAGCGAACUAUUAGAAAUGCUGAAACGCAGCGAAGAAUACAAAAAUCGAGACACCGAUCGCGAAUUUGACGUCUCACCACCAGAAGACAUCGUACAAGAUGGGGAUGUCAUAAUGUAUGCAAGCAAAGUGUCCCAAAGCAUCAAUACCAUCCAAAGGCCCACCGUUUUAAAAAUGUCGAAGAAAGACCAAAGUACCGGUACGGAUGAUCCUUGCGUUGGCGAAUAUCCCGGUUAUAGUUUGGAUAAUUUGGAACCGGGCAACUCUAAAACCGUUUGCACGAAUAUAUCCCACAUCAGAGCCGAAAUGGCGGAGUUCAGUAAACAGUUUGACGAAUUUAAGGCGAAAUACAAUCAACCCAAGAAGGCUUUGAUCAAGGACUUCAACGAAGCGGUAGAAAAGGAAAUGACCGUAAUAGGGAAAAUGAUGAAAGCGCGCGAAUUAUUCAUUGACGAAAAGCACCGACGAGCUCAAGUCGUAGAAGACCGACCGAUAAGAAAACUGGAAGACAUUCAAAUCAGCGAAUUCAAAAGACACUAUCAGGAUUUCGGCAUCGACUUUUCCGACGAAGAAACCGACGAUGAUUUCGUCAAUGAAUCGGAACUGGAAGUCCAUGAAGUCGAGACUUACGAAAAGGAGAAAGAAGUGGCUGAAAUUAAAGAUAUUGACGAUGAAAAUGACGAAGAGGACGAAUUCGAAGAUUGUCAAUCGGUUAACGAGAAGGAACUGGAAGAUUACUUCAAAAAUGUGGACAUUAAAGUCGAAACUGACAGCAACAGUUGCGUCGAGAUAGACGAAGAGUUUAAGAAAUCUAUAGAGACGAUUGUAGACGAUGAAAGUGAUACGGUAGCUAAAGAUACGGACGAAAUUAAAGGUACCGCUUCGAGAGAAACUAUUGACGAGUUUAAAGAUCACGGUGACGAAAAGGGAGAGAUGGCGGAAGAAACAGAAGAUGCUGAAAGCCUAGCGGUUGUAUCGAAAAGGGUGGUUUGUUCGUUGGAAAUGCAGCUGGCUAAAGAAAUGGACUGAAGGGCGUGGUAUUAAGUUAUGGUUUUAGUUUGUAUAAGUGAAGGCACUAAAUAAAUUACUUCACGUUA